CGUGUUUUUCUUAGCCACGAGUUAGAUACGAAUAGUCAUGUUUUCUAUCCUGUGACUUUUUCGUAGCUAAUUGGGAAAUAGCCAUGAUGUGUUCGUGACCAUUUCAUAGCUAUAGCCAAUUAUUCUACUAUUGUGGAUAACAAACUCGGUUUUUUUUGGUGGUGGUAGGCCCCAGAGUUCGGUGGACCGUUCGGUUUCGGUCUGGGUGAUUCAGAUUAUCGGAUUUUCGGUGUUAUGUUCAGAAGUACCAUUCGGAUUUUACUAAUUAUCAAAUCGGAUUCGGUUCGGUUCCUUUCAGGUUCGGUUCAGAUCGGAUGUAACCAAAGUUUAAAAUCGUCUAAAAAUAUAUUUUUUAAACCUCAAAAAUUGACAAUUUUUUUUUAAAUAUAUAAAUUGUUUACAAAUCUAAUUAAAAAUUAGUUAAACUAUCUACAUUAACUAAAAAGUAUUCAAAAUAAUAACUAAAACAAACUAAAAAAAUAUUUUUAAUAUUCUAAAAUAUUUAAAUCUUCUUAAAAUAUAUAAAAACAUUAACAUAUUUAACUAAUUUCGGAUAUCUUUGGAUCCUAGUUCGGAUUUCGGUUCGGUUCGGGUUAUAACCAAACAUCAAAGUACUAAGUUCCGUUCGGAUAUUUUUGUAUAACAGUUCGGAUUCGGUUUCGGUUUUUCCGGUUCAGGUUUAGGUAGGUACUUCGGGUUGAGGUAAAAACUCCCAGGCCUAGGCGGUGGUUUCAUCUUUUACUUGGAAAUGGGAACGCAUAUCUAUAGCCCCAUCGGGAAGGACCAGGUGGUUAAGUUGAUCAGUGAUGAAAUGGAAGGAAGCAUGGAGACAACUCCCGUUCAGUAGAUGUUCUGUUUUGGUCAAUCGACAGACAAGUGAAGAAUAGAGUAGUGACCCUAAAGCAAGACAAAAGGAUGGUUAAUGCUUAUCAAAGCUGGAUUGGGUUUGUGGGAACAUAGGAAAUUUUUAUAAAGUGUUUCAUUGUUAGAAACCAAGUCAUAAAACAAAGUAGCUCAUGCUGUAAACAAGCAUAUUUUUCUUUUGAAUCUAAUUUAACAUUCUAUUCAAAAAAAAAAAAAAGUUGAUCAGUGAUGAAGAAGAUUGGCCUUACAUGGUCUCAAAAUGGAAGGAUUUUUUUUUGUUAGCUAUGAAGUGUCUGCGGCUUCGGCCUAAAUAAUUUUCCCAAUUCAGGGAAAUAGCUCUUUUUUUAUACCUAGACAAGGUAUGAACCCCUCUUCAAUUGUGUUUCGAAGCAGUAGCGCAACAAUACCAAUGUUUGCGCGCUUAAAUCAACUGGGCUACCAACUGGAUUUUACUCAUAUAGUUUCGUCUUUUACUGUUUUCCGCUUUCUUUCAUCUCACAAAAGCUUAAUGUAUGCAUGGACCUUCUUUCCAAACAAGUUUACACACAAAACUCUGUUUUAUCCCAUGUAAAUCUUCGAUUCCGGGUUUCGGUAGCUUUAGAGGCUAACCUGUUUGAAUCAAGCUAAUAAUACAUGUAGUUGCUGUUUAAAAAAGAAGACAGAAAACAAGAUCUGGGAAUAACAGAAAAAUCUUUGAGUUUUCAAAAUCUUUUAUACCACCAAACCGGGACUCAAACUUAUCAGGUAUAUAUGGACAGAUCUUAGUCAACUUUAAACAACUGUCUACACCAAAUCAUGUAUAUAUGUCAGACUCAGUCUAAUCCUAUAUGUAUAAACCGAACAAAAAACAAGGUACAUAUACACCGAACUCACAGCAUAUCCAGAUCCGUUUUCCGGCCUUACAGUAAAUCUUAGAGAAAUAUUGUUUGCUGGGAGGUACACUAGAUUUUGUGUUUGAGUCGAGGCAUUUAACAUGCCUUGCCAUAAACUAAUAACUAGUGUUCUAGAGUCUCUAGACCCCAUAUUGUUUUCGACUCACAUGAAAGUUUCGAACACUCAUGGUCACAUGUCGGCAGGAGACAUGGAGGAUAUUGACCAUUGAGCCAUUUCCAUUCCCUCCUAUUUAAAAUCAAUUUUCAAUUACAGUUUGGAAGAUAUUAUAGACGGAGUAUGAAUUUUCUUGGUGAAUGUUGAUUUUUGCUUUUGUCUUCAAGCUUUUAAAACAAGAAAGCUUGUAAAGAUGUCAGAAGAAAUUGUGUGGUCAUUUCUAAAGAAAAGUACAAAAAUAUGUUAAUAAUUGUAAUUAAUGAUCCAUCAAUGAAAAAUCAAGAAAACAAAAAGUACAGUAAAAUACGAAGUUGGGUAGUUGCAUUUCAAUUUAAACUCCAUGAAAAUGGUCCAAUUUCUAACAUAACUAUCUUUUCUAUUUCUAGUUACUCUCGUCAAUGUCAUAAAUAGUCCAGUAGUUCCAUAUUCAGCUAACAAAGCUUAAGAAGAAGACUUCAAAAAGAAGCACUCAAUACACUACAAUCAGAGCUCAAGAGAGAGAGAGAGAGAGAGAGAGAGAUAAAAAGAGAGAAAUGAUGUGUAGCUUGAAAAUGGUCUCUCCACGGCCUCCAACGACUCUAUUCCAGUCGAAUGGAGAUGGGUUCCCAACAUUUCUUCCGAAGGAGGUAAAAGACAUAAAAGAUCCAUUCGCAAGAGCUCUGGCUCAAAAGAUUGUACGGAUUCCAGUUCCUCUUCAGAUGGAAAACUUUAGAGGCUGUGUAAUGAGUAGCUGUAUCAAACCAACUGUUCAAUUACCGGACAAAAGUCCUGUCGUUCUUCUUCAUUGUUUUGACAGUUCGUGUCUUGAAUGGAGGCGUGCGUAUCCUCUGCUUGAGGAAGCUUGUCUUGAGACUUGGGCUAUUGAUGUUCUUGGUUGGGGCUUCUCCGAUUUACAGAAACUUCCACCAUGUGAUGCAGCAUCUAAGCGACAUCAUCUAUUCGAGCUUUGGAAAACAUAUAUCAAACGACCAAUGAUUUUAGUUGGACCAAGCUUAGGAGCAACUGUAGCUGUUGAUUUCACUGCUACUUACCCUGAAGCUGUUGAUAAACUGGUUCUCAUUAAUGCGAAUGCGUAUUCAGAAGGAACCGGUGCUCUUAAAGAUUUACCAAAAUCAAUUGCUUACGCUGGGGUUAAGUUGUUGAAGUCAUUUCCUCUUCGCCUUUUGGCCAACGUAUUAGCCUUUUCAUCUCCCUUGUCAGAGAAUAUAGAUUGGACUAAUAUUGGCCGGUUACAUUGUCAAAUGCCGUGGUGGGAAGAUGCGAUGGUCAACUUUAUGAUUAGCGGAGGCUACAAUGUUGCUUCACAUAUCAAACUCAUCAACCACAAGACGCUCGUUAUAUGCAGUGAGAAUGAUCAGAUUGUUAGCAACCAGCUUUCAGUUAAAUUGUUGUGUGAGCUACAAAAUGCGGUUUUCCGGGAAGUACCAGAUUCCGGUCAUCUUCCACAUGUUGAGAACCCUAAACAGUUUGUGAAGCUGAUAUCGGAUUUCGCCAGUGGAAAACUUAAUUGAUUCUAAUAUAUUGUAACGAUCUGCUUCAAGCUCAUGAAGUGGCUACAAAGAGGGAGUUGUCACCUUAUAUACUAUGAAAUAAAUACAAAUAGAUUAGUCUAGCUUGGGCUUGGGAUGGCUAUAGAAACAUCUCUGUUAUUAUUUUCGUAAGCUAACUAAGAGAAUAUUCAAUAUUGGUUUUUACAAGAUCGUAAGAGGAUAUAAAAAACCUUAAAGCCUUCAUUGUUUUAUACUA